AUGCAGCGCGGGGAAUAUCUCAUACCAGUCGCAAAGGUGCCUAGCACGCAACCUCCAUCCCGUCAGCAUGGAGAACCUCUUGCGCCGGCAGCUAAGUCGCCUAUCAUGCAACCUUCAUCCCUGCAGCCUGUGGCGAUUCCAGGCCAGCCCGCUCUGGCAGUCCAUCAAGAACACCGGGAUCCUGAUGUGGAACUCCCCCCAACCAUAGCAACGCAUCAUGGGCGCAGUGAACAUGCCAUGGAAAUACCACGAUCCCACUAUGAGCGGCGUGUGGAACCUGAGGCGUCAGCCAUGCCUACUGACAGAGAUGUCAAUGCUGAGGGUCAUUCCAUGAUGCGGCCGCAUGAUGGAGACGCGAGACCGGGUAUGUAUGGCCGCCCAAGAGGUCCAAUGAUGCCGCGGUUUGCACCAGGCUUCGCCCGCUACCCGCCGUCAGAAUAUUACCAUGAUCCUCGCAUGCCUCAUGCCCCCCAGGCCCCUCAUGGUCCUCAGCAUCAGUAUCGCAGUGGUGGGUACCACGAUGCUCCCUACCGCGACAAUCAAGAUGGAUACGAGGGAUACGUCGAGAGCUACUGGCACCCUCCCAGCCAUGCUUAUUUCGGUUCGGGAGGGAGAUACGAGCACGGCUAUGGGCGGGAGUAUCCUAAUGAGUAUCCCAAGGACCAGGAGGAUGGAGGACAGGCUCCUUAG